AUGCCAAAGCUAUUGUCUUGUGCCAGCUCGGCAAAGAUGAUUACUUCAAGCCGACUUAUGCCCUCUUCUCACGUCGCCCGAUUCGCCGUCUGGAACCCUCGGAAUCACAGUACCAACGCAAUAGCGACAGCCACCCGAUCCGAAGAUAGGCUAUCCUCACCAGCCCCCUCUACCAAAUCCGUGCCGCCACGAUGGGCUGCCCUGAAAUCCGCGAAGCCUUUCUCGGAAUUUCUUACAGAUACCUUCAACCGCCAGCACGACUACCUCCGCAUCAGUGUGACCGAGCGAUGCAAUCUUCGCUGUCUCUACUGCAUGCCCGAGGAAGGUGUCCCAUUAUCUCCACCGGCUCGUCUCCUUACCUCUCCCGAAAUUAUAUACCUCUCGUCGCUGUUCGUCUCGCAGGGUGUGACCAAGAUCCGUUUGACAGGCGGUGAGCCUACUGUUCGGAAGGAUAUCAUUCCCCUGAUGCAGUCGAUCGGGGAACUGCGACGCAAUGGCCUUCGUGAGCUUUGUCUGACGACGAAUGGCAUCUCGCUACACCGCAAGCUCGACGCCAUGGUUGAUGCCGGCUUGACUGGGAUCAACCUUAGCCUUGAUACAUUGGAUCCCUUUCAGUUCCAGAUUAUGACACGGAGGAAGGGCUUCGAUGCGGUGAUGAAGAGUAUAGACCGGGUGGUGGAAUUAAACCAUGCCGGGGCUGGGAUCAAGUUAAAGAUCAACUGCGUGGUAAUGCGGGGAAUCAAUGAGCGGGAAAUCAUCCCUUUUAUCGAAUUAGGGCGAAACAACCCUAUUGAAAUACGCUUCAUUGAGUACAUGCCCUUUGAUGGCAAUAAAUGGAGCCAGGGCAAGAUGGUCUCUUACCAAGAAAUGCUGGCAACCAUCCAGGAGAAGUACCCAGAUCUCCAGAAGGUGCCGGAUCACAAAAAUAACACGAGCAAAACUUAUCAGGUUCCUGGCUUUAAAGGCCAGAUCGGGUUUAUCACCAGCAUGACCCAUAACUUCUGUGGCACCUGCAACCGGUUACGCAUUACAUGUGAUGGAAAUCUGAAGGUAUGCUUGUUUGGCAACGCCGAAGUAUCCUUGCGAGAUAUCCUCCGGAAGGAAAACAACGGGGAACCAAUUAGUGAAACAAGGAUGAAGGAGCUGGAAUCUGAUGCUCUUGUCCGGAGAGAGGAGGAGUUGUUGGAUAUCAUUGGAGUAGCGGUUAAAAGGAAGAAGGCAAAGCAUGCUGGCAUGGGGGAGCUGAAAGAUAUGAAAAACAGGCCGAUGAUACUUAUUGGUGGCCCAGUCGAUCGAUGGCCACCUCUCCAUCUACAGACCGACGCAUCCUCAAGAGUCACCUCCAGGUCCGAAACUAUGAGCUCCAGGACCUUGGUCGGGCUGCGAUCGACCACAUCAACACACUUGCAACGCAGCGGUGUUGCUGCCGCUGCCGCCGUCAGCAGCAGUAGUACUAGUAGUAGUGGCAGUGCCCCGCGUCGAUGUCUUUCCUCGGCUUCCGGUCGGCAAGUGCAGCAGAGUGCCGAGUUCUCCUCCAGCAGCAAGAGUUGGGAUCGCUUAGGUCGCCGCGCCAAGGAGAAGCUCCUGGACCGGGAAUUCUUCCUCAGCCUGUUGAAUUCCGCCUCGACCAAGCGUGAGGCCAAGUCUUUUUUGGCCCGUCUCAAAGCUCAACACCAAGGAACUCCUCCCCUGAAGCCGGCCGCCAAGCAACCCGGAGUAGCGGAAGCAGCAGCACCAGUGUCGUCGGGUGCCAGCUCAACCUCGUUCUAUGGCGCCUCCCGAUCGGUCUAUGACAGCCCCGUCUUCAGACAUGACUCAACCCCAACACCUCCCCUUCAAGAUGUGUCUGAGCGCCUGCACUUGGCCCUGGUCAAAAUAACCACUCCGCAGCUUCUCGAUGACUCGACGGUCAACGGCGUGGCCAAAACCCUAUCGCAGCUGAAUCGUCUGGGAAUGGCUUGUUGUGUGGUAGUCGACCCAGGUACAGCAGGCGAUCCUAAUCAACUGCGGAGGAUCGCGGCCGAGCAGGCAGAUCGCAUCUCAACGGCUGUGGAUGCCCAGCCGGACUCGAAAUCCGCCCAUAUCGACUCUGUCCUGUCCGUUUCUGCGCUGAACCCUGAGGCGCCUAAAGUCCUAUCUCGAAAGUUACUGCUAGGGCCGUUGCGCGAUGGUCAAAUCGUGGUCUUGGCCCCCAUUGCUUAUACUGAAGACGUUCCUCGAGCAGUGACUGUCUCGGCCAGCGAUGCCAUCUUGGCCCUCACCAAAGAGCUGGCCGGCCUGGCAACAAAUCCCGACCCUGAUGAAGAUCCCAUACGGACGGCCCAACGGAUCGCGGGCCUGCAGGAGGAAGUUUCUCUGGAUCGAGUCAUCCUCCUGGACCCCUUGGGCGGGAUUCCUGCUUUCAGUGGACCUCAGACGUCCCAUGUUUUCAUCAAUAUGGAACAAGAAUUUGAUGACAUUGAGAACGAGUUGCUGCGGGUGUGGCAGUCAGCAGCAUCUGCAAAGAAUAAUCUUCCGGAAGAAGGUUUACCGUCUAUCGCUGAUAGCAACCCUCUGUCCAAAUUCGCCGAUACGGAAGUCGUCCCAGUACCUCCUAGUCAGAAAGCUUACUCAUCGGACUUAACCUUGGAUACAAGCAUGGUGGAGGGUCAUAUAAACAACCUGCGACUAAGCCAAGCCGCACUGGCGAUGCUACCCUCGGCGUCGUCUAGUAUCAUUACUUCCCCACUCGAAGUUGCAAAUUCAGCACAGAGCCCUGGAGGCGCUAGUCCAGAUGUAUCAGCUGUUGGAACCCGAAGACAGAGAAACCCGCUUAUCCAUAACCUUCUGACCGACAAGCCUCUGCUCUCGUCUUCUUUGCCCCUCAGCCGACGCGCAGCCCUAAAUGGCAGACGGGACUCGAUCGCUACACAGCCCUCGCAUACCACGUUUGUCAAGCGAGGCAUGCCGCUGACCAUCAUCCCCAAUCCUUGGCUUUCACCUUGGACGGCCAAAGAUCGGCCGCGUCUGGGACUCGAUGAUCCCUCGAUCGACCUGCCGCGACUGGUGCAUCUGAUCGAGGAUUCCUUCAAUCGCAAACUCGACAUACAAGACUACCUCAAUCGAGUCAACGGUCGCCUGGCCGGACUCAUCAUUGCAGGGGAGUAUGAAGGAGGCGCCAUCUUGACCUGGGAGCUCCCUCCCGGCGUGGAAGAUGAUGGGAGUGAGGCGAGCCAAGCUCGCAUGGUUCCCUAUCUGGACAAGUUUGCCGUUUUGAAACGUAGUCAAGGUGCUGGUGGUGUGGCGGACAUCGUCUUCAAUGCAAUGGUCCGCUCUUGUUUCCCGAACGGCGUGUGCUGGCGCAGCCGCAAGGAUAAUCCCGUGAACAAGUGGUACUUUGAGCGCUCGCAGGGGACAUGGAAACUAUCCGAUAUGAACUGGACCAUGUUCUGGACCACGCCAGGACUGACGGAGGACUCUCAAAAGUUUCGGGAUUACGAGGCCGUGUGCCGCAGUAUCCAGCCGAGCUGGGCUGAUGACACCGGUGUUGUGGAUUGAUCAAUUCGAUUGCUUGAACAUAAUCUUGACAUAUGUAUAUACCCAUUUUCCUGAUGUCCAUUACUAAGUUAUCAAGGAC